UUGUGUAAAGUAUCCUGAUACACAGUGAAGUAGAAAAAGUCAUAUCUUCCAGCUAGAUCAUUUUUUGACACAACACCACAUUGUGCUUAUGUUGCGUGGAUAUUGUCAUUGAAGAUACGAGUGAAAGCGACAGAUACCACAGUGGUAAUUGUUGUUUGAUUGCUAUCAGUACUUAUUGCUAUAUGAUUUUGAUAGUCGUAAUAUAACAAAAUCACGAAGGUUAUAAGAGGGGUCAAAGGACGUGUUUCCUAAUGGCGAUAAAAAUGCUGAAUUAAUGAUAUUUGUGAAUCUUCCUGGGAAACCAUCAUACACUCCUAUUUCUAGUGAUACAAAAAUUAAGUCUUCGGAAUGCUGGUAGUAACAACGUUAUCUGUAAUAGUUUUAUCUAUUGCCACCUUCAAAUUUCUGCAAAUAUGGAAUUUUUGGAAGAGAAAAGGAAUUCCGUACGUGAACGUGUUUCAUUCUUUUCGCAACUAUGCAGAAAAUGCAUUUCGUCGUAAUGAUACCACGGCCAAAUUGGAAGAGAUCUACGCCAAAUUUCCCGGUGCCAGAUACAUUGGAUUUUAUCAGUUUUUGCAACCAGUUCUGAUAGUUAGAGAUCCAGAACUAGUUAGAAAGAUAACAGUUAAAGAUUUCGAGUCAUUUACCGAUCAUAACACCUUCAUAACACCCGAGAUUGAUAGUCUAUGGACAAAGAAUUUGUUUAUUAUGAAAGGUGAUUGGAAACAGACCAGAGCGUCUCUGACACCACUGUUUACGGCUAAUAGAAUGCGAAUAAUGUUGACAGUGAUGGAUGAGUGCACGAACCAACUUCUAACGUUUUUAAGGAGCCAAGCGGAAAACUCAAUCCACGAUGCGCUCGACGUCAUGACAAGAUCAGCGGCGGAUAUCUUUGGCAGAACGAUGUUCGGAGUCAUCUGCAACUCUCACGUGAACAGACAUAAUGAGUUUUACACCAUGGCCCACAAUAUUGCAGCAAUGGGAAACCUCAAAGGUCCCGCGUUUUGGGGGUAUUACUUCUGCCCUACCCUAAUCAGCCUACUUCGGGUAAAAAUGUAUCAACCAACCGAACACAACUUCAUAAGAACGUUGAUACUGGAAAGCAUGAAAGUUCGAAAGGAGCAGAAUAUAGUCUUUCCCGAUUUAGUCCAACUGCUAAUGGAAAUGCACGCCUCUUCUUACAAAAGCGCAAAUGGCGUUCAAAAACGACAACUGUCCGAAGAUGAAAUAAUUGCGCACACGUUGCUCUUCUGUUUUGCCGGGUUUGAUACAGUCGGUUACGUUCUAUCACGCCUGUGUAAAGUUUUGGCCGAACACCCAGAUAUCCAAGAAAGGCUCUGUGACGAAAUUAGACGGACGGAAUUGCAAUUUAAUGGCGAAUUCACUUACGAGGCGCUCUACUCGAUGAACUAUUUAAACAGCGUAGUGCUAGAGACGCUUCGUAUGUACUCACCGUCUACCAUACUAGACCGAAAGUGCGUCAAACCAUAUCUCAUUGAACCAGUUCAUAAAGACGAAAAGCCGCUACUUCUCGAGAAAGGAAGUUGGAUCUUUGUCUUGCACUGCGGAAUACAAAAGGAUCCCGCCUACUAUUCAAACCCAGAAAAAUUCGAUCCAGAUAGGUUUAGCGCAUCAAACAAGUCAGAGCAGUUGUUAACUUUCUUUACCUUUGGAUCAGGGCCGAGAAGGUGCAUCGGUUCCAGAUUUGCUAUCAUGGAGAUGAAAUACUUGAUAGUUCAGUUGCUUCGGAAUUAUGAAUUACUGUUACCUGAUAAUAAUUUCGAUGGAAAUAAUGAACUUGCAGUUUAUUUGAGAUUUCAGGCAAAGUCUACGAAAGAUUUCUUGUGCUCAAUUGGAAACGAAAAUCUAUUAAACAUGCCUUCAGAUCGAAACAUUGACCAAGCUAAAAUUUAAAUUUUUGCAUUUCUUUUAUUAAUAUUUAAAUUAUAAUUAUAUGCAUGUCUCAUUAUAAGCAAACAU